AUGCAGACUCCGAUUCUGACGACUGCGAGCAAGGCUUUGCUUGUCCAACCCGUCAUUAACACUGUUGACGCUCAGGCCUACGUCUCAACCCCAUGCCUCACCCAGCUCAUCCAGGUCGACCCUCGUGUGGAGAAUGUCGCCAUCCAGUGUGAAGUAAGCGUAGUUCUACAGAGCCCUAUAAGUAAUGCUAAUCACAGCACUCAGACUCCACUGGCUGAACUCUCCACCAAAGUCUGCCAGGCCCAGUUGCCCGCUGAAGGUAAGUACUUUACAAUGCAGGUGAAACUCGAACCUGCCAAGAGGGAACAGCAAACUGAGGCUCUGCAAAUGGAGCCAGAGCGGAAAUCAACGAAAGACGUCUUCCUGCAAACAGAUUUGAAUGUUCGAAUCGAGGCGAGUGAGAUAGAAUUUGUUUACACUCCGGCAGUAAUUAGUGUUCAGACAAGUCAGACCCAGACCGGCCAGAAGAUGUUUACUAUGGGCACGCAAGCUGAUUUUUAUGAUAGUAAACCAGAGCACAUUAGCAGCGGCGUACAGGCAACGAAGUUGACCAAAGAGAUCGAUUCAUCAUGCAACUUUUCGGUCAUUGAGGAGGUACCGGUGAGUUUUGUAAAGAAAAUCAUCCAGAAGACAGUUUUACCUGAGACUGUUCCAACAUCGUCGAUCGACCUUCAGACACCAGAUCCAGAACGAUUUGAGGCAUUUUGCCAGAGCACAGUGUACUCGCAAGUGAAAACUUCUGAGGCCCAAACCUCAAUUCUUCCACGAAGUGUGGAUGCUCAAACAGAACACGUGCCUCCUCUUGAUAUACCACCAAUUGCGGUUAAGGUGAACAAGAAAGUUCAGGCAUUCAUGGGACCAAAGCUUACCGACACUCAAACCCAGAUGGGUCCGAUCUGCAGUACUUUUUGGACUCAGACAGUGGAUCCGACGCCAAUUGAAAAGGACCUUUUGGACUCAGGAAUCCAAACAAUGCGAAUUGAAAAGGUAGGCAAGAAAUUGCAGGUGGCAAUAGCCUCGCAAGUAUCCGACGUUAUGGCACAAUUGGUUCAGCCGACGUCGACCGUGGUCACAUGCAACAAACUACAACAGGCCUCGAUCCUUCACGAAGUUGUCGACGUCCAACUUCAAUUAGGAAUCAUUCAAAGCACUGUAGCAGUCCAGGCCGAAUCUCUGUCUAUUCCUCCACUUAAGGAAACACAGAAUAACUUUUCACAAACAGACCCACAACCGGUGCAUCGGACACUAGACGAUCAGGCUUGCCUAUACCUCGAGAGCACAGUGAUUACCGUCGAGAAAGAGAUUGCUCAGACUGUGAUGGCGCCCAUAGUCACUACCAGUGAAGCAGUGGCCAGUCAGACUUCGCAGUUCGGAGCGAAAGAAGCAUGGUGUCAAGUCGAUCGAAGGGAGGCAUGGGUGGACGCCAGCCUGGAGCAUACCGAACUGCCUCCUCCUAGAGCGAAUUUAGGCAGCCAGACCCUGACGAGGGAGACAGUUGAAAAAAUGGUACAGGUAAGGCAGACAUCAAAUGUUACAGACACCCUGGCAGAAUCGGUAUCGCCCGUAAGUCCGAUGACAUCCAACUCAGCCAUUCAGACUGAUCUGAUUCAGUUGACUGGAAAGAAGCUGCAGGUGCACCUGAUGCCAGACCUUGAAAGCAAAGUCAUUCAGACUGAUCAAGUACCAAAAAGCCAGGCCGAGGCACGUUGGGUGACAGAGACCCACAACUUAUCAAUGCAGACUAUUGGUGUCGAGACUCAGAGUAAAGAGCUGCAGGCGAGUCUGGCCCCAGUCCAUAGCCAGAAAGAUAUGAUGAAAAGGAAUGUGGAGACCCAAGCAGAGCUAGCUCUUGCUCAGAAAAGAGCCGAUACGGUCGGCAAAAAGCUUCAGGUGAACAUCCGCCCUGAAACCUUGGAUACGCAGAUACAAAGCGGAAUCAUCACCAAGACGACGGGGACACAGAGCAUCGCCGAGCCCAAGGCAGACGCUUCCAGCAGCUUUGUGCUAGUUGAGAAGAAAGUACCACAGCGGAUUGAGACGCCGAAAGAUAAGUCAUCUGCUUCCUGUCAGACGACACAAAUAGAGUGCUUCGAGGCAUUCUGCCAGGGUGGGGAGCCUGAAACCAGUAUACCAUUGCCUUAUAUGAUAGGUAAGAAGCUGCAAGUCAAUCUGCUGCCCCCAAGCAAAGAGGCACAAGUCCAAACCGGUAUCUUGAUGCGCAGUGCUGAUACACAAUGCGAUCCUGAGCCAACAGUUCGAGGACAAGUUGAGCAUCGAAAUAAGAAAUUACAAGUGUCCUUGAAACCCGAUUCGUUGGCUUCGGAGACACAGCAUGAAGUAUCACUUGCCAGUGCUAUAGUGCAAGUUAGCAGCCAAUUAGAUACUCGGGGCGUCUCGGUGCAGACCUUAAUGAUCCCGAAGGGGGUGGAUGCCACUUGCGAUUAUCUCGUCCCAGCGGAAAUUCCUAUUGUCAAGGCCCAAGAGAAGGUACAACAGGCAUUCUCUCUCAGAGCGCCUGGGCAAUCAACCACUUCCUGUCAGACCCUGAAGAUAGCUCAAUUUGAUACUGAGUGUCAGCAUAUAUUCAUGCCUCAAAUGGCGGUACAGGUGGCCAGUCAGACCCAACCUACCGAAACUAUUGGCAAAAAACUUCAAGUAAAUAUUUUACCAGAAUUAGUUACAACGGCUAUGCAGUCAGAGGUAGUAAAGCUGGCUCAAGUGAAGGAGAUUUCUGCCCAGACAGAGUCCAUAACCAAACAAGGCAAGAAGAUGCAAGCGCAAAUACUUCUAACGACCUCAGAAACUCAGACACAGACGGGAAUUAUCCAUCAGAGCAUCUUCACACAGUGCGCCUAUGAGCCUGUAGAAUCGAAGGCCAAAGGCAUGCAGAUAUUAAUCAAACCGGUAUGUUCCGCGGCUCAGACCCAAGUGGGCGUUUCUUGUCGACACGACUCGACGCAAACUGAUUUUCCUCAGGCUAUCACGGUAGUCCCCAGGCCGGAGACUCAUAACAUCCACGUACAAGCGUCUAGGCAGCCUCAGAUUGUGGACGACGUUUGCGACUUUGCUCCAUUCGAAGAGGAGCCUGUGAAGAGGUCCAGGCAACUGGCUCAGAAGGCUGCACCCUUAGCAUCGAUAGAUGCACCAUGUCAAACCCAUGAAAGGGAAUAUGCCGAUGCAUUCUGUCAGCUCUCUCAAGCUGUGCCAAUAAAGAUUCCAUCUAUAGACGCUGAAAGUCAAGUAUGGGCCCCUGAACUUUUGGGUAAAAAGAUUCAGGUGCAGAUUGUCCCAGAGAAUAGACAGGAGUUUUCACAGACGGAACAGGAGCAUGUGCUCCCAACAGCCAUUAAGCUAGCCCAGACUGCUUCGGUUGGACAGCAAACGUUGGCAGUCGCAACGUUUGGAAAAAAGAUGCAAGUACAAAUCCUAUCACCUGGGGUAGAAACCCAGACCCAGACAGGCAUUCUGCUCAAAGAUAUGGCGAGCCAAUCAGAACCGAAACGUGAGUCCUCGGUUGGCCGAAAACUGCAAGUAAACAUAAAGCCAAUCACUGUAGAGACACAGGUGCAACACGGUACGAUAAUGCAUGUGGCCGAUGUACAAGCAGCUCUGGCACCAGUCUCCCAAAGCAUAGGAGUUCAGGUGGUCCAGACCACAGGUGAUGUUGACGCCUCUUGCAGCUUCGUGAUACAAGAGGAUGUGCCAGUAAGACUAGAGCCUCAGAUGACACAGAAGGAAGCAGCUCCAAGAGAAGUCGAGAAGUUAGCAGUUGAAUGCCAGACCAUAAAGGCAGCCAGUAUCGACGCCUCCUGCCUCAACGUCAUCAGUGUACCAAUUCUGUCCACAGGCACUCAGUCCGUCCAUACAGAGCUUUCGCAAAAAGCGACGCAGGUUAAGGUCGAGCCGAGUUUAUUAAAUGAUUUUACACAAACAGAGAGUACCGGAGACAUCGCAGCAGUGCAUAAGGUACAGGUUGAGAAAUUAGGCAAGAAAAUGCAGGUAAGAAUAUCACCGCUAUGUGGGGAGGCGCAAACACAAACUGGCAUAUUAUUAAAGGACAUAAAGGUGCAGGCUGAUCUCAUAACAAUGGAAACCAAGAUGGAAAAGACUGCCGUUCAGAGUCAGACUCAAAAGGCACCCCUAGUAGACGCCUUCUGUCAGAUUGUCCAGACGUCCGAGACUGUUAGCUCGGCAAUGCAAACAGUAGCCAUGGAAAUGGUUGGCAAGAAGCUACAGGUAAAAAUCAACCCUGAACUGAUUGACUCACAAGCCCAAGCUAUCGAAGUAUUCGUGCCAGUUGAGAAGUCGAUAGCCUCAACCCAAACUCUGGAGGCCACAGUAACACCAACGGCCCAACUGCUGAAUGCUUCAAUGCAGACAAUCGAAGUGGCCACAUUGGGCAAGAAGCUCCAGGUUUGCAUCGAAGAGCCCAAGCUACCACAGUUUACACAGACUGAUAUCAGCCUUCAGGAGCAUUCAGCUGUUCAUUAUGAGUCGGAGAAAUUUGAUAAACUUCCCGCUUCCGAUCGCGGCGUUCAGGUUCAUUUGAGAAAUGAGGUUAUCGAUGCCUCUCUGGAUUCACCCCCUCUACCAGAAGUGGAGGUUUCACACACACGCAUUUCUGCAGUACCCCUCCCCCUGAAACCUGUUCUUGAAGAGAGCAGUAGUCAGACUUUUGCCAUGCAGUUUUAUGAGGCCUUCUCCCAGAGCCCAAAGGCCCAGGAGCCUACACCAGUUAUCAAACCUUCUCUUGUGGAUAGCUCAGUUCUUCAUGUUCAGCCAACAGUGAGUCAGUAUGAGAAAGGCAUCCAAAAGGACACUGAAGUUUCUUCAAAAUUCCUCCAGGUAGAAUUAGAAGUCAGGAAAGCGGUCAAACCUGUCGAAACGCAAACCAUUCCCUCAGAGAUUUCAGACGCUCGUUCUCACUUAGUCACAGUCCGACCGGCUCCACCCACGGCUUCCUUAAGCAUGCAGACUGAGACAUCUCUUUAUCAUGAUGAAUUCUGUCAAUAUUUGAUACCAGUCUCAGAGCAACCCGCUCCCCAUACCGUGGCGAUGGUAAACAAGAAAGUAAUGGCCUUGAUGCAGCCGUUGGUGAGUGAUGUGCAGACCCAGUCGGGCCGUAUCCUCACUAGUCGAGCUGUACAGAGUGAGCCCUCUCUUGCGGAUGAAUCGACUUAUGCAAAACGCUCAUACCAGGAACCAUUUCCAUUGGUCAGCAUUAAUGUGAUCACAGCUGAUGCCGAGGCCAAUUUCCAGGCAGAGCAGCUAGAGAAAAUCAACAAGAAGUUACAGGUUCUUAUCGAGCCGAUUAAACUGGAUGUAAUGACACAACUAAGUCAGUUGACAGAGAGCCGAGGUAUUCAAUCUACCAAGCUGCCUUCGAUAGAGUCCUUCUGUGAAUACAUACCACCUGAACCCCUUCAAGCAUCCACAAUUCCGUCAAUGAGACAACAAGCAGCAAUUCCUUCAAGCCGCGAGCUUCCAUCGAAAAUGAGCGAGACGCAGACUAUGGAUAAACAGCAAUAUGAUGCCUUUUUGCAGUGUAAUUUAGCCCCAGUGUCAGUACCAUCUGAGAGUAAAGCGUGCUACUUCGGUGGAUUUCGACCUUCUCUGCACGACCUUCAGACUCAGGCCAGCAUUUUACAGACAAGCAGAGGGGCUCAAACAUUACAAAUCGAAACGCGAGAUGAAGAACAUGACAUGCGUCAUAAGAAGUCUCAGACAAGCUUUUGUAUAUCUCAGGUCGACACACAAACAAUGGUAGGCGUUAUCACCAGUUCUAUCGGUUCGCAGGCCAGACUUCUUGAAAAGGAGACUCAGUCCAAGCCGGAAAUGACUAUUAAACCGAUUCGAGGAGAUACUGAGGAGAAACGGACUCAAACAAGCCCUUUAGCGCCCCAGCGGGAUGUUCAGACAUACAGCAGGGUACUCACCGAGAGUGUUGGCAGUCAACACGAAACUGACACAGUUAUCGUUGGAAGCGCCGUUGACUUUCUUGCUGGAGGUCCUCGUUUCAACAAGCGAGUCCAAACGACUAUUACGUCCACCUCUUUGCAAGCUCAUACACAGGCUGGUGUAGAAAUGUGCAAUGCAUGGACUCAGUCGGAAGCAAGUGUAGCCAUUUGUGAUGAUGCCGUGGCUCAACCACUUCGUCCGACAGCCAUGCGCGAUUCUAGCUGCCAGGCUGUAGUCGAAUCGGCAAUUCGGCUUGGCAAGAAGCUUCAAGUAAAUAUCAAAGCUCAAUCAGUAGAGGCGACCUCGCAGACUAUAGAGACAGAAACUACAAAAAUGACAAUUCAGGACAGCUCGUUUAGUUAUUCUAAAGCUUUGCAGACUACUGUGGAUCAGCAAGCCCAACACAUUGAGGCAGCUCUCGAGCAAGCUAUUCAGACGGAUAUUCGGGAUAUUGAUGAUAGCUUCGUCUCUUUUGACGUCCCCACUCCUGUAUCAGUGGAAAAAAUAGGCAAAAAAUUGCAAGUCCGUCCACAAACUGAUGAAAAGUCAAGUCAGAUAGAUGAAAUAAGGGAAACACCAGUGACAAUUGAGGUUAGCAGACAGGAGGCCCCCAUUCCCAGAGAUGUCACUGACUCUUUUGUGAACUAUCUUCAGCCGAUACCCAGCACGAUCAAAAGACUGCCACAAGAAAUGCAAUUUAGUCCAGAAACCUGUGAUGUUGGCAUUACGACUCGUCAUUCUACAGAAGUUGACACAUCUCUGGCCUAUCAGAUCGACAAACUUGGCAAAAAACUGCAAGUCAGCCCAAUAGUAGAUGAGGCUUCCACGCAAACAGAUUCUCAUGCUGCAGUAACCCUAGAAGCCCGCGCCGUCCAGGCUUCUGCUGCUUGUCAAGAGGUUGGUUUGCAGUCCAGCCGUCUAGUUCAAAUCGAGGCAAGUGUCUCCUGCAUAGAUGAAGUCAUGUCAGUGGAUAGGAAGCUACAAGUAAGCCCACAAGUCACAUCAGCGUCAACACAAAUGACCGAACAGACUGCUUUGAUCGCUCAGCUGGCUUCAUUAAGCCCAGAUACUACAUCUGUCGGUGUUGACACUCUUUGGACCCCCAUGGAAUCAGUUUAUGUCCAGGCUGUAGUUGAAUCAAAAACAGUGGUGGCAAGCAACUUCUUUUUAGUCGAAAAGGAUGUGGAAGUCGUAACACCGCUGAGGGUUCAGCAAGCAAUUGCCCCUGUACAGCGAAAGGUCGAGGAAGCUUUUUGUCAGUCCGUGGAGCAGCAGGCCUCUAGAGAGGCACAGACUCCAGCCUCGGUGGCGCAGAUAGACGCUCAAGCCCAAGUUAGUCGAAUGAUGGCUCUCCAUGAGGUGCAAACAGAGCCUUUGGCGACUGUUGGCGUCUGUAAGAAACUCCAAGUCUACCCACAUACGGCGAGCCAGGCCACGCAAGUCGAGCUGCUCAGGGGCGAUCCAACCGACCAGGUAGAGCAAGUAAAGCCAAGAAAAGCCGACAAGUCGAAUCAGGCUGAGCAACUUAUCAAGACUAUCGAUAUGAAUAUCCAAGUAGAAGAGACUAGUGUCAAAAUGGUACCAAAGACUAGCCAGCAUGAAAGCAGCAUGCAAACCGAGAUGCCGAUAAUGCUGGGUAAAAAAAUGCAGGUUAAUAUCACAGAACCGGUCACCAACGCCCAACUUGCUCAUGAGGCUGAUGGACCAGCCAGCAGGCCGAUAGCUACUUCAAGAAAGAGGCUGCAGGCUGAUUUGGCACCAAGUCAGUCAAGUGUUGAGAUACAGACAGGUCAAGUUGUGAAUAGUCGUGGCAUACAAACUUCUCCUCUACUGACGUCAAGUCAGGCUAAGACAGAUGGGAUAAAAAUUGGCAAAAAAUUGCAAGUCAACAUUACGCCUGAGAGAAGGGAUGCAAUUAUGCAGGCUGAACCAACCUCCGUGGAUCGAGUGGUGGACAAGACAUGUGUCUACGUGACCGAAAGCCAGUAUCUGGAGGUUGACUCUGAUGUUGUGUUGCAACGGGAAGCAAGAGAACAACGAGCAACGCGAUCAACACUAGAUUUCGAAGCCCAAGACUCAGGUGUUCAGGUUGAUCUCAGAUACAUAAAUCUCCAAGAGGCUUUCUGCCAAUUCAGCCCAAGACUUGUCGGAGCUGAGGUUCAGGCUAGCGUAGAGACCAUUCCGAAAAAGUUCCAGGUAAACUUGCUAUCUGAACUACCGGCUUCCAACACCUCAACGUCCCAAACACAGACAGAUCCAGCCUCGGGAGUCCGCGUGACAGACGGGGCGACUUCCCCGCCAGUUAUUUCAUCCUACUCCGAGUAUGCAUGUGAAACUAGAGGCAAGAAGUUGCAGGUCGGCUCUACCCAGGGCUUAUUUAGUUUGGACCAUUUUGAGUUGGCUUGUCAAACGGAGCAGUCGGGCGUUGAGCUGGUUACCAGCGAGGCGCAAAUGGUCGCUUCAGGGCCGAAUGGGAUGCUGGUAAAUGCAGAGAUGCUGACAGAACCACUGCCUUGGCUUCGUUUUGACCCGACAGCCUGGGACCUGGCACCUGUAUCUUUACGUCGGGACCCAAUGACGGACUCGGCAAUUCAGACAAUGUCGCGCCAUCCGACCACAGAUGCUUGUCUUGGCACUGACGAUGAGAGUGAUGAAUGGUGGCUAAGCACUCUUUCACGACACCAGAUCGUAGACCAGUUAUGUGAGUUUACGGCACCACGUUCCGCACUUGAGUAUCAAAUGAUGAUCGAGAGGUCUGACAAGCAAAUGCAGGUAGAGACUGAGACUCAGCAGAUCAUACACCCUUUACAACGCGCUCCAACCUCUCCUGGCUGCACACAAACCGACCCACCUACAGACGUGGCCGUGGCAUCUCGUGUGAACAGGAAACUUCAGGUUGGGGUCCCGUGUCUGGAAGAAAAGAAAGAAAAUGACUUUCCCACCUAUGCUGACAAACUUACACAUGCAACUGCCUCCUCUGACUCAUAUCCUAUAAUGGAGGAAGUGGGAGUGCAGACGUCUAUCAUAAAGAGCAAAUCACAAUUGGUUAACAAGAAAGUGCAAGUCGGAACAUCCAAACUUGGCAUACCGAGUGAAGCAAUAUCUGAAUUAGAUGGUACUACUGGGGCUCAUCAUGAGCUACCAGCCAACUUCUCUCAGUUCAUGAUCUCCGUAAAGGACGUAUCGACGCAGGAAGAAGAGGCUCUAGGUUUAAGUCCGGAGGUCACGGAAAAAGUCACUGUCGUUCAGUCACACUAUGAGCAGACAAUUUCUCAGUCAACUAGAGGCUUACAACAUCGCCCAGAAUUCACGGAUAGGCUUGUUCAGACACACAGCCUAUCAGGAUUUGUCGUCGAUUCCCUAGCCAGUUUUGAGACGCCACAAGCAAAUCUAUACAUAAUGAGUCCCACAGAAAGCCAAAACGUUCGUCAGGCCAGUGUUCAGACUUCGGAAGAUGACGAAAUAGCCAGGGUGUCGACGCCCUUCAGGCGUAGUGUUCGCAUUCAGAAGGGACCAAGUGCUUUCGAUAUUGGCAUUGUAGACAGUCACUCCACUUCUGUGACUCGACAGGUUCCCACUCAGGAGGCUUCCUUGGACAAAGAACUGACGACACAUAUCAUCAUGACAGAAACCCUGGCCUACACACAAAAAGGUACAUCUGUUAGCAGUUACACCACCAUGGACACUGGAAUUAAGGAUGACGAGACCAUUAGGCCAAAAAUGUACGACUCCUAUAGUCACUACAUAGUUGGUCAGCGUUCUGCUGCAGUCACUGCUUCUACUAGUCAGAGAUCCUCACCCCGCAGUUCAACAGGCUUCUCGCCUAUUCAUUUUCAGCCUUCUAAGGUGGCCAAGUCAGACGCCGUUAGCUGGGGCACCCAGUGCUCACCUGUAAUGCUUGCUGGAGUUACCCAGACGCCGCUACGAUACGAACAAUUAGAUGGAUGGUCAGGAACUGGCUUCACAGACCGCUCUCUCCUCGGCAGCCCUGAACAUUUUCCUGUGCUACGUACCGGCCCAGGACGUCAGGUUCGUCGCAGCCCAGAGGUGGACGAACUGCUGGAGGGCUCCUUCCAGGUUCAGCCGCAGCUCGUCAAUGUAGCCUCGCAAUAUGAUCCCAGAGUUUCACCACCCAGUGACUUAGAUACCGCUUCUGGGAUCCAAGUUGCCACAGGCGUAGGGGAAGAUGAGGGGGUGAAUGGGGAGGAUGAGUAUAUCUCAAUGACACGACGCACUAUUACUAGUAUUACACGCCUACCAACGCGCGGCACUCGUACCGCCCGUGGAAUGAUUUCACACAAGACACAAACUAAUAACCUGGCUGCUGCCUCGAUGCCUUCAUUUUUCUCCAACGGAGAAGAGCAAAUGCAGCCCAUGCGACCAUCAGCGCCGCGCAGCUACACUAGCCGUUUACGAGUGCAUGUGGCUGGCUCACGAGGAAGAUCAGUCGAAUCAUCACUUAGCAGCAGUGCGGUACAUAUAAGGGGCUCGAGUUACCCGGCCCGUUACGUUAGUGAGACGGAACUAGUUGUCGAGGCAGCCCCGCCAGGGGGAACAGGUUUAUAUGGUUACGACAGUGACACAGCCUCUUUGGACUCGGCUUAUCAAGUCUUGCUACAAGCCUGGGGGCCUCGGCGUUUAUACGCCAGAAUCCGGCGAUCCAUGGCUCAACAAUUCGGAGAGGCUGUUAGCUAUGACCAAGGCAUACAGUGGGCAGGUACCACAUCUACCACUUAUUCCGAUAGUGGAAGAUUGUCAGAGGCUAAAACGCAAUACGUAGGCAAAACGCCUGGAGAGACAUCGGUUGGUCAGUGGGGAGGGCUUGUCAAUAGUUCAGUUCAAACAGAUACAAAUUGGUUGCAGCUCCGUCAGAGCCGACCCCCGCACCGGAACAAAAGAAUUCAACGAGGUCACAGCUUUGUGUCCUGGCUCCCUGCAUUAUCUGGCACUGUACCACGGUGUAUGUCUGUCUACACUGCCUAUGUAAGUCCUGAGCCUGCCAGUCUAGAUCACGUUUAUCCGCCAGUACCACCAUCUACACCAGGGCCAACAUAUGCGACUCCCUCACAUGUCUACCAAUCAUACACGCGCACCCACUCACCCUGUACUGUCGAAAAACCGGGCGUUCAUCAUCACCAUCAUCACCAUCACCACAAAGAGAGUCAUUACCAGGAACAUUUAGCUCAAAACGUCCAGAGCCAGGCUAAUAUGACCACAAUGACCUUCUCUGAAUGCAUGCAGAAGAGAUCCCGCUAUGAUAACUCUUGCCCCACCUGUGGUGGUCCUUACUAUGGCCCCAGAAGUAGUAGUGAAAGUGCUGUUCUGGGUCGAGAUACCAUGGCGACACGUCAUACUCGAGACUGGCAACUGCCUGUCACGCAUAUGAAGUCGGAUGUCACGCAGACAGCCGGACAAGCUGGAACCCAGAUUCCUGUUUAUAUGAGUGACUUUGAACUCCAAUUGCACUCUCCCCAGUUGCGAAUUUCUGAUGACAGCACUGGCAUCUCAAUUGUUACAUGGCGUUCAGGUUCUGAGCAUGGAAUGGAUGAGGUGUGGAUCGACAGUCCAGGCCAACUGGUUGAGCUGAAGAUCGAAGCCGUCAAGUCGCCGGAAGGCAUGGAGACUCUGAAGGCUCCACAAGCUUUCUAUGAAGGCAUCCUACAAACUGUGUACUACAACCCAUUGGCGCGGAGUCCGGAGGACGUUUACAUGAGCCUGAGCAAGGCAAUUGCAUCCGGACACAUUGUAUUGGGUAAUGAAGCCGGAGCAAGUUCUGAGCCUCGGACUUACAUACAGCCGGUAUGGCGUACAAGUGACAUGAAACGGAGGCGCCACUUAGUGCAUGGCUUUGCGCUAUCAGGGGAGUCCAGUGACCGACUGCUCUCAGUUAACGAAGCAAUCAAAAUGGGGGUAAUCAGCACUCAAACUGGUGAGGUCGUGCUUCCUCCCUCCACGACUGACGAAAGGAUGUCUUCUCAAGCCAGCAGGCUUACAGUACGACAGGCCAUCCAGCUCGGCGUUCUACACACGGAGCCUGCCGAGGCCGAGACCUCACUCAACAACCUCGAUCCGGAGCAUCGAUAUCGAAUCAAUCCUUAUGGGGACGCCCGAUAG